AAAACUCUUGUUUGCAGAGCAUCUGAUGAGUGUGGUGGAAGGUGGAGGAGCCAGAGAUCUGCAUGUAGCCUGGAGAAGGCUGGGACUGUCUCUCCAGAGGAGCACCCUCACAGCUCACCAUACAGCACCAGCAGCACCUUUGUGUCUCCUCACUGCUCACCAUGUGCUGCCAGAAGACCUUCUACUUCAUCUUCCUCCUCCUGCUGGCCUCUGACUGUAUGGACUCAGUGAAAAGCUUGUUUCCAUUUGGGCAACCUGAGUUUUCCUACAAGAGGAGCAACUGCAAACCCAUCCCUGCCACUCUGGUUCUGUGCCAUGACAUUGAGUACCCCAACAUGAGGCUGCCCAACCUCCUGGGCCAUGAGACUAUGAAGGAAGUCUUGCAGCAAGCAUCCUCCUGGAUCCCACUGAUACAGAAGCAAUGCCACCGAGAUACCAAGAAGUUCCUGUGCUCGCUCUUUGCCCCAGUGUGCAUUGAUGAUCUGGAUGAGACCAUAAAGCCCUGCCGGUCCUUGUGUGAGCAGGUGAAGGACAGCUGUGCCCCGGUCAUGUCUGCAUUCGGCUUCCCAUGGCCAGAUAUGCUGGACUGCAGCCGCUUCCCCCAGGACAAUGACCUAUGCAUCCCCCCUGCCAGCACUGAUUACGUGCCAGCCACCAGAGAAGCGCCCAAAGUUUGUGACGCCUGUAAAACCGGCAUCGAGGAUGACAAUGACAUCGUGGAGAACCUCUGCAAAAAUGACUUCGCCCUGAAGAUAAAAGUGAAGGAGAUUGCCUACAUCAAUGGGGACACUAAGAUCAUCCCGGAGACAAAGAGCAAGACCAUUUACAAACUGAAUGGGGUCACAGAGAGAGAUUUGAAGAAGACUGUGCUGUGGCUUAAAGAUGGCCUGCAGUGUACCUGCGACGAGAUGAAUGACAUUAACGCUCCCUAUUUAGUGAUCGGACAAAAGCUCGGAGGGGAGCUGGUCAUCACCUCAGUCAAACGGUGGCAGAAAGGGCAACGGGAGUUUAAAAGGAUCUCUCGCAGCAUCCGCAAGCUGCAGUGCUAGUGGCCCUCCGUUAAUUAACUCUUUCAGCACUGGGGCUAGUCUUUUUGCACCUUUCUCCCUUAUUCGGGGACCCAUCCUUUCUGAAAUAUAACAAAAGGGCUGGGGCUAUGGCUUUUUUUAUGAAGACAAGUAUUAUUAUUUUUAUUAUAAUUAUUAUUAUUAUUAUUGAAUACAAAUUUGUAAAUAAUAUGAAAACUGCAAAAAAGAAAUCCAAAUAUUUUUUAUGACGGUCCUGAAUUCAAAUGUAGAAAAAUAUUUACUGGAUGCAAACUUGUAUAGUUUGAUAUAUUUUACAUGUGACAGGAAUGUUAGAAUUUGCUGCGGACAGAGACUGCCAUAUUUGUAGAAUUGGGAAUUUGCAUUAUCUCCUUUAACAAAUAUACUUUAUAAUAGUUUUUUUUACCUUUUCUUUUUCUACCGACAGCUGUUUAAUUUCUCCUUUGAAUACUAAGGGGGUCAGAUAUCAAACUGGUGUAAAAUAGA